GAAGGAGAGGGGAAAAGGGGGGGGGGAGGGAGCCGAGUCCCGCCCCCUCCCAUGACAUCAGCGAGGAGGUCCCUGCGAGUCCCUCGCCUGCUUUUCCCCGGGCCGACGGAGGGGCGCCGCGCCAGCAGCAGCAGCAGCAGCAGCAGCACCGUCUCGCCGACACGGCAGCCAGGGCGACGCCGGGGCGCAGCGGUGCUGGUGGCUGGGUUCCAGAUGUUGAUGACACAGCAUUUUCCACAACUCCUCUAGAGAAGAUGAUCUGGUAGAUCUCAAAAUGGCAGCGCAGAGGAUCCGUUCUGCUAAUUCCAGUGGCCUCCCACGAUGCAAGUCUGAGGGGACGCUGAUUGAUCUGAGUGAAGAAUUUUCUGAAACCAGCUUCAGUUCUGUCAAAGUGCCUACUCCUAGUGCCUUGAUUGGAGACAAUCCUACAUCGUUUGGAAAUGCAAAAGAAGUUGUAGCAAUUAAAGACUACUGCCCAAAUAACUUCACAACCUUGAAGUUCUCCAAGGGUGAUCACCUCUAUGUCUUAGAUACCUCAGGAGGUGAAUGGUGGUAUGCCCACAAUACCACAGAGAUGGGCUACAUCCCAUCCUCCUAUGUUCAGCCUGUAAACAACCGGAACUCUUCAUUGACAGAUAGUGGAAUGAUAGACAAUCUCCUUGAAAUCUCUGAUGAGGGAGCCAGAGAACUUGAUCUCCUUGGAGACUGGACAGACAUCAAGUGGAGCUUAGCAAAAAACAACCCUUUCUUGAAUAAUGUCCAGACUAACCCUUUUAUGAAUGGGAAUUUACAGAUAGCUCCUGACAGGACCAAGGAGCAUCCUCCCCAAGCUAUGGUGUUGCUGUUUGAGACAGGGCUGCCUACGUUUACAGAGUCAAGUUCUGCCACUAAUAGCAGUGUAGGCAAUCAUCUUGAUGAGGUUCCUUCAAUGAACGGGUUUGAAUUUGAACAGCCAAGCCGGCGGGACAACCCUUUUUUCAGAAGCAAGCGGUCCUACAGUUUGUCAGAACUCUCAGUACUACAAGCAAAAUCGGAACAUUCAGCAUCAUCAGACUUUUUCACUGGGUUGAAGUCUCCCACUCCUGAGCAGUUCCAAAGCAGGGAAGAUUUUAGAACUGCAUGGUUAAAUCACCGGAAGCUGGCAAGAUCUUGCCACAACUUGGACCUCCUAGGCCAGAAUCUUGGUUGGGGUCAGACCCAACCUGUAGAGACAAACAUCGUUUGCAAGCUCGAUAGCUCUGGGGGAGCCGUUCAGCUUCCAGACACUAAUAUCAAUAUUCAAGUUCCGGAGGGACAUGUAGCUGUUGGGGAUACUCAACAGAUCUCCAUGAAAGCUCUAUUGGAUCCACCUCUGGAACUCAACAGUGACAAAUGCAGUACCAUAAGUCCUGUACUAGAGAUUAAGCUGAGCAACAUGGAAGUUAGAACCUCGGUUGUCCUGGAAAUGAAGGUGUCAGCAGAUGUUAAGAAUGAUCUAGUGAGCAAGAGUUUAGUAGGAGUGCAGUGCUUGCGGAGUGACGUGAAGGAUGGCCCCUACACACCAGUACCACUAAGCUACUGCUAUGGAGACACAAUACAAGUUCAACUGGAGAACCUGGAGCCUUGUAUGUAUAUAGCAGUCGUAGCCCAAGGGCAAAAUAUUUUGUACCCUUAUACUGUUUGGGAUUACAUCGGUAAAAAAAUCACAGUCGGAGUCUACGGUCCAAAGCAUAUUCACCCUUCUUUCAAAACAGUGGUUGCCAUCUUUGGACACGAUUGUGCCCCAAAGACACUCUUAGUGACUGAAGUUACACGGCACGUACACUCCACGGGACCUGUGGCGCUGCAGUUGUGGGGCAAGCACCAAUUCACCCUCGCAAGGCCACAAGAUCUAAAGAUUUGUAUGUUUUCAAACAUGACUAAUUAUGAGGUGAGAGCCAGCGAGCAGGCCAAAAUGGUGAGAGGCUUCCAAAUGAAGUUAGGGAAAGUCAGCCGCCUCAUCUUUCCCAUCAUGUCACAUGACCCGAAUGAGUUGUCAGAUUUCACCUUGAGAAUACAAGUCAAGGACGACAAGGAUAACCUCCUGACCCAGUUCUGUGUCCAAACGCCGCAGCCCCCUCCAAAAAGUACAGUCCGGUCCACUGGACAAAGAAGAUUCCUGAAGAAGAAUGAGGUGGGGAAAAUAAUAUUGUCUCCUCUGGCAACCACCAGCAAAUAUCCAGUCUUCCAGGACAGACCAGUGUCAAGCUUAAAAUAUGGGAAACUGCUAAAAACAGUGGUGCGGCAAAGCAAGAACCAUUACCUCUUGGAAUAUAAGAAAGGGGAUGCCAUAGGUUUGCUUAGUGAAGAGAAAAUCAAGCUGAAGGGUCAGCUCUGGACAAAAGAAUGGUAUAUAGGUUACUAUCAGGGUAAAAUUGGCCUUGUCCAUACCAAAAACGUUUUAGUUGUUGGAAAAACAAAGCCGAACAAUUUCUGUGGACCCGAGCUGACCACUAGUGUGUUGCUUGAUCAGAUUUUGAGGCCUUGUAAGUUUCUCACCUACAUUUAUGCUUCAGUAAGGACUUUGUUGAUGGAAAACAUUAGCAACUGGCGAUCGUUUGCAGAUGCCCUCGGGUACGGCAACUUGCCACUGACUUUUUUCUGCCGGGCGGAACUGGACAGUGAACCAGAGUGUGUGGCUUCGGUGCUGGAAAAACUAAAAGAAGACUGUAAUAAUUCAGACAAUAAGGAUAGGAAAUCUUUCCAGAAGGAACUCAUGUCAGCCUUGCUGAAAAUGGACUGCCAGGGCUUGGUGGUCCGAUUAAUUCAGGAUUUUGUUCUUCUAACUACGGCUGUAGAAGUGGCCCAACGCUGGAGAGAGCUUGCUGAGAAAUUGGCCAAGGUUUCCAAGCAACAGAUGGAUGCUUACGAAGCCCCCCAUCGAGACAAGAAUGGUGCUGUGGAUAAUGAGGCAAUGUGGAAACCAGCCUAUGACUUCAUGCUAACGUGGAGCAAUCAGAUGGGAGACAGCUACCGUGACGUUACUCAAGAGCUUCACACGGGUCUGGAUAAAAUGAAGAAUCCAAUCACCAAGCGCUGGAAGCAUCUCACAGGGACCCUAAUCUUGGUCAAUACCUUGGAUAUACUACGGGCAGCCGCCUUUAGUCGUCAAGAAAACGAGGACUGUGCUAUCUGAUGGGUGGCUUGAGAUAUCAUCCCGACCGGAUGCUGUUUAACUCACAGUGUGCAAGAUCCUGAAACAGUUCCACAAAAGCCAAAGUUUGGGAGCAGUGGUUUUCAGGGCUUGGAGUGCAAACGUCUACGUUUUAUCUCCCCUUGGCACAAAGACACCCAAGAUAACAUUGUUUUUUAUGCUCUGUGGCUGAAAACCCCCUAUUAAUUUGUCAACUUUUAAAAAAUGGAACUUUAAAAAAAAUAUUUGCAAAUCUCCAACUUCUUAAGAGCAGCGGAAAGUUGCUUUAGGGAGGAGUUCGCAUUCUUACGUGACAUGAAGAGUGCUUUCAUCCCCUUUUAAAAUUAUCACUUUGAAGAUGGUGAAUCAUAUCGAUCCAAAGCACACAGCCAGAGGCCUCUGCAAACAUUUGAAAUUCUAAGGUGUGGCUCUGACAGUUGUUUAUAAAAUCCAUGUGCUUAAUCCUACCAGUUCCUGUCAACUUACAAGCAUUGUAGCAAUUUCCUAAAAUUUGCUUUUAUUAAUAUCUUUUUUUGUAAAGCAUAAAAUGCACAGUUUUUUCCGGUUAACUGAUGUUUGUAGCAAGUUAGCACUGCAUCUUAAUGUCCCAGCGCAAGGUGCGUCCCACUUCUCUCUGCUUCAGAUCAUGAUAAAGAAGCAGAAAUUACUUCAGGUUAUGGGACUUGCCCUGUCUCCCUUCCCUUUUAACAGAAAUGAACUUGAAUGGAUAUCACUGAAAGUUCAGAACCAACAUUUUCACUUCACUUUGUUUUAAAACUGGAGUAUCUUAGCUAGCCGUCGCUCAAAAUGUCCUUCUUCAGAAAUUUACAUUUUCUGGAUAUCUUUUGUUUUUAGAAAUCGGGCAAAUGGAUGUUCCAUGGUUUAUUCUGAAUUGUGCAAAGGCAAGGGUUUAGGCUUAGUUGUCGCUAAGAUUCUAAACCUUUGUCUGAGUCAUAGUACGUUAGACUUCUGAUAAGAUAUUACUUCACAGAAUAUAACACUCUCUCAUUUUCUGUGUGUGUGGAACUGUCAGGGAGAAUACGACUAGAACCCCACUCACCCUCUUACAGUGUUCUGCAUGGAGGGAAGGGGUUUUUUUUCUGAGGGGAAACUUUCCAUCCGGUGAACACUCCCCUGCAGUCUGAAAUUGUGUAGCCUGGACAUCUGAUGAGGAGCCCAUUUGAUCAGUAAAAACGCUUGCUUCGCGAGCAGUCUGUGAUCAUGCUCUGAGGACACCUCCCUCGUGCUUAAGUAGUUCUACAUCUUGGACAGUUGCUGUGUUCAGUGUGAUGCAUAAUGCAGUCCUGGGCUAGCCUGGAAUUAAUAUAGCGCCACCCUUCUGCCUUCAUGCACUGUUUAAAGUAGACACUAGUCCUGCAUCCAACCUUCCAUGUCAAAAGUCUCCAGACUAAGGCACAUUUAUUAAAUCUCCUGAACCAUGAGGGUGCUAUUAGAAUACUGUGUGUGAAAAGUUUUCUAUUUCAGUCAAGGCUCAUGGGAAGGUGUAUAAGACUUGCUUCUGUGGCCACAGUUACUUGACUUCACCAAGUAUCUCUUUGGUGUAAUGUGAUCAGCGGGGCUUGCCAGCUAACUUGUGCCCAGUUGUAUUUUGAGUCGGUGACUGAGUUGUUCUGUUUGCACCUGCAUUUCAGUUGACUAUUCAAGCAUGCAAGCAUUCAGAAGUACAGUGAAAGUGUCCUGGGAUGAAAUAAGCUAUCCUGGCUGGCGGCAUACUUCCUGGAUCCUGAGAUUGCUUACUGAAUGAUUCAUAACAAUAUCAGCAAAUAUUUAACAUCCUUCUAAAAUCAUAUUGGUUAAGGGCAAUUUGACCUCCUUUCUCAGUCAUAGCAAUGGCUGCACAUGGAAUUUAGAUUUGACUUUUGGACAAGGCUGACCUUUCAAAGCAGUUUUCUUGAUGCAGUGUGACUGGCUGUCUGCAGUUCCAGAAUUUUAUGAAAUCAGAAUAUGGCUUGUUAGAAAGGCACUAUAGUUGUUUCCACAUCUUUCAAUUGCUGAGGAGUGCCCAGAAUCCUUGCCUUUAUUAGCUAGCUGUUUUCCCCAAAAAAAGACUUUUCAGCUCUCAAGCUGGGCACUGUCUGAUAAAAAACAUCUUAAGGUUUUGAAUUUUGCAGAAGAGAUUGAGUGAAUUCCUUGCAUAAUUUUUUCUUUAUUCAGUCAGCUGUAUUUGUAUCACAUACCAUUGGAACAACAUUUCUGAAUCCUUUGUUUUCCUCCUUCCAAGCCAAAUCUGAAUCUACACAUCCCAUACGAUAAGAAAUCGGGAGAGAAGAAAUUGUGUGCAUUCUGAAACUAUAUAAUGUUGGCUAAAGAGCCAGGACUGUUACAGCAGCUUUGCAUUUUUUUAAAAAAUUUACAUUUUGGCUUUCGGUGUUUCUCUUUCAUUACAAUAUUUUGCAGAACUGAACAUGAUCCAUGAGUGGGCAGUCCACAUUGGCAGGCAGGCCACAACCUGAGAUGAUCUCUUACAUAUAGCUCAUGUGCAGAUCCAUGAAUUGACCAGAGAGUUCAGAGCAUGUUUGCGGGUGAACAUCCUUGCAGGCUAUUUGUGUGUGGGCCAUCCCAUUAUACCAAGCCAGCCUCAUUCUGCUCAUGGAUCUGUAAUGGCAGGACUUCCUCCUAUUAGUUUCUGCUGGAGAGGUUGACACAAGUAACUAGGCCUGGUCUGGAUUCAAUCACCUCAUCAAAAUAUUGAUGAGUGGAAGAGCUGGAUCACUCAAUUAGAAAUGCAGUUUAACCUUUUGGAGGUUCCAGGUCCUGGCUGAAAAUUAUGGAGGGGAUGGAUUAGCUAGCCUUGUUUCUGCCAUUUUUUUCCUAACUACCUCAAGGGUUGCACACCUAUUCCUGCUUUGGCCAAGCCUAGAGGCUCCCUUAGAUGAUUUCUUCCCUUCUGUGACCAGUUGAAUCACAUAAGCAGCUUUUCCUAGAUUAGCUGGUGCAAUUGCUGCGUGAUCUGUUUCGUUUGAACUCAAAAGCCGGCUCCUAGGACACAGUUGGAGCCGUGUGGAUCUCCUGCCAAAUGCCUUUGACUCAAAGUAUGCCUUUACAAGCCUGCUUUGAAUUUUACAUGAAUACACUGUACAGUAGUUGGUUUAUUGUGCAAUUUUUAAAAAAUGUUGUCGGACAAUACAAUUAAAGCAGAUGUUUGAA